AUGGCCAUCAAAGACACUAUUCUACCACGGGGCGGAGGAUCCAAUGGCGAUGCACCCAUACUCAUCAAGAAAGGUGACUGGGUUAUUUAUACUGUUUAUGCCAUGCACCGUCGAAAGGAUCUGUUUGGCGAAGAUGCCGAUGAGUUUCGUCCGGAACGCUGGGUGAAGAAUGACUUGACUUGGGUUUUUGAUGAAGAAAUCACGACCAAAUGGCGCAAGGAAAUCGCCCAGAGUGAUCAAGACAUCACACCCAAGAUGAUGGACUGGGUCAUUAAAGAGCUUCAAUGGAAGGCCGGCUGUCUCAAAGAAACGGGGUUUCUCCGUGUCUUUGAUGCGGGCGUGGUCAAGUCCGAUACAGCCGUGUCGAAAGAUGUACAGCAGGCAUUGAAAGAAGCUGUUAAACCUUUCGAAAACGUCCCCGAGGACCAAAAGGACUACCACCCGGGCUCUGAUAACAAGGUGGUCGACCUAGUACAUCCCUCGUUGUUCCCUGUGAUCUAUGGUCAAACUCGUGUUCUUCCAGACAGAGUUAUUACCCUCGAUGACUGCCUUAGCAGUGUAACCCAAGGAGAUGUUCUCCCCGUUCCUUCGGAGGAGGAAACUGUGUUGGUUCAAGAUCGGUCCCAAUGGUCCUCCAAGACAAUCUUCAGCAACAAGUUCCAAUGGCUUCCGUGCGAUGUGGAACUUCUGGAUGAUACACGCUGCCGAAUUGUGUCAUAUAUCAAUAAUGCCCAUCCUGUCCACCAUAAAGGUUUGUAUGAAGUUGUUGAGAAGAUAAUUGCUCGGACAAUUCCUCUCUGGAACAAAAGCCUGUCCGAAUCAGGCGAUAAAAGAAUCCCGUGGGAAAGCGUUGAAUAUGGCGAGCACCCAGAUCCUGAGCCACAAGAGCCGGAAGGGGACGAUCACGAUGACGAGGCGUUCUGGCAUAUUCAUCAGCAAUGGGCAGAUACUCGACCUAUCAUCCUUCCUGAGCCGGGAGAAUUUGCGAUCCCGCAAGAACGGAAAACCCUCGAUCUACGAACUCACUUUCCGGACACAAAGCUACAGGUUAUUGUAAAGCUGGCGAACAUUGAACUGACUCCCGACAACCCCUCGUACGAAGGUGGCACUUGGCACAUUGAAGGACAACUGAAUGAGCGCAUCUGCGCUACCGCGAUCUACUACUAUGAUAGCGAGAAUAUUAUCGAAAACACGCUUGCCUUCCGCCAACGGGGAAUGGAAGACAUGAUCGAUAUCGGCUAUGAGCAGUGUCAAUUCCAAUUUUUGCAGGCUAUCUACGGCUUCAAUGACGAAGUCAUUGGUAACGGCGACACUAAUGUCACCCAGAACAUUGGAGCCGUGGUGUGCAAAGAGGGCCGGCUCCUCACCUUCCCCAAUACUGUCCAGCACCGGGUUUCUUCAUUCUCGCUAGCUGAUCCGUCUAAGCCUGGUCAUCGCAAGAUCCUUGCGCUGUUUUUGGUGGAUCCGCACCGCCGUGUUAUAUCUUCGGCCAAUGUGCCCCCGCAGAGGGACGAUUGGGGUGACGAGAGACAAAAUGCUGUGGACCAAGCAUUGUCACAAUUGCCAAGAGAGCUACGGGACAUUGUUCAGAGUGAUAUGGAGCCCCUGAUAAGUAUGGAAAAGGCCAAAGAGUAUCGGCUGGAGCUUAUGGAAGAGCGUGGGCUGAAAUCGGAGGAAAAUAAUGAGAAGUUUGAGAUAGGCGACUUCAGUCUUUGCGAGCACUAG